AUGUCUUCCGACGGAACCAAAGGCCCUGUCAUUAUCAAAGGCAUCCAAGAUGGCUUCGAAGGCAAGGAACGGCCCCUCCGACUCGAAUUGCGUGACAUGAUUAAGGAGAACCCGGAUCAAUGGAAUCUGUAUCUUCUUGGACUGGAGCGAUUCCAGGCGGUUCCCGAGGACCAGCCGCUGUCAUACUUCCAAAUCGCCGGAAUCCAUGGUAUGCCGUCCCACAAGUGGCCAAACGAGAAGUGGAACUACGCCGCCGAUGAGAAUCUCAAUCUCAACAAGUACGGUGGAUACUGCACGCACACUUCGCUCUUGUUCCUCACGUGGCAUCGCCCCUACCUCGCUCUGUUUGAGGCAAGUGUAUCAUCAGCUCAUAACGAACUCUACAAGCACGUCAACUAUAUUGCAAAGGAGUUCGAGAAGGGCGGGGUGACGAAGUACAUUGAUGCCGCCAAAACCUUUCGAAUGCCGUACUGGGAUUGGGCGCGGCCUGGGCUUCCCUUGUUUCCAGAUGAGGCUAUCUCUAGGGCAAGGCAUCCUGUGAAGAGACCUCCCAGUCAAUCCGGGCUUCCUGAGAAGAUCAACCCACUCGGUUCAUAUAAGUUUGGGGAGUAUUCUAAAGAGCGGACAAAGGCAAAGGAUACCAAUUUUAUUGGGAUCAUCAAGAAUGAUUCGAUCGACAAACCUGCGAAGACCGCGCGAACUUUCGGUCAAAGAGCCGACGACGAAGAGCCCGAUAUUGAAGACGUCAAGAUAUUCACCAAGCCGAACUUUGGGGUCAAGGGCAUGAAUGUGUCUGAGCGAGUUCUAUUUCUUCUUCAGUCGUAUACUGAUUUUGCAGCUGUAUCAAACAAUGGCGAGUUUGGUCCUGUCAAGGGCACGUUCGACGGCUGGGGUAGUCUUGAAGAUGUUCACAAUGCCGUCCACAACUACAUUGGAGGAGGAUACAUGGGUCGCGUAGCCUUCUCUGCUUUUGACCCCAUCUUCUGGCUUCACCACACCAACAUCGAUCGACUCUUCGCCAUUUGGCAAGUAUGCAAUCCUGGAGAAUACGUUAAACAGGUGGAGGGGUCGGACGACAACGUGGAAACGCCUUUGACUCCAUUCACACGUUCAGUAGAUGCAAAUGGUCAGCAAACUUUCUGGACAUCCGCUGGAGUGGAAGACACCAGAGGCUUUGGCUACAUUUACCCAGAGACCCAAAGCGCGUUCGGCUCAAGGAAGGCCAUUCUCAACGAGGUUGAUCGCAUUUACUGGAAACGAGCGUCUUUUGCCAACAUCUUGCGAAGCCAGGCGACUCAGCCACCAGAUCUUCAGGCUGUGGAAGCUCUCCGGGACCGUGCGAGAGCACAUCUCAAGGCUGCUGGCCGUGGCACUGAGCUCCCGGUAGGCCGUGAUAUUCGCGGCCUGGCAGUUGGAGACAAGUAUCUCGAAUGGCUUGUCAACAUCAGGACUCUGAAAUCUGAGCUGCACGGAAACUACAUUGUCAACGUGUUCAUCGGCGAACCUUCUGAGAGUACGCCUCCGCUCUUGUACAUGAAAGACCAUGCCCACGUCGGAUCGUUCGCCACAUUCGGCCAGGAUGAAGAAAGCCCUUGUGCGAAAUGUAAGAAAGAUCGAUCGAAGAACCAGGAAAUUACUGGUCAAAUUCCCCUAACUAUUGCUCUGGUCGAGCGGUACAUGGCUGGACUACUCGACAGUCUCAAACCUGAGCACGUGGUUGGAUAUCUCAAGGAUAACAUUCGAUGGAAGAUCACGCUUCCUACUGGAGAGUUGCAGUCGCCUGACAAGGCGAAGAGCCUUAUUGUCUGCGUUGUAUCCAACGAGGUCACUUUCAAGUCCGACAAACCAGGCGAGCUUCCAGUGUACUCGGACGUAGUCACUGCUUACUCGGAAAUCACGCGCGACAUUCCCGGUUCCGGCGAGUCUGGUUAUGAUGGCAACAACUACUAG